CUCUCUCUCUCUAUCCGCAGCCAUGGCUUCCUCGCUUCCCAGGACAGCCCUCUGCUUGCUAAGGAAUGACCUGCGCUACCACGAUAAUGAGGUCCUUCAUUGGGCUCAAAGUAAUGCAGACCGCAUUGUUCCCCUCUACUGCUUCGACCCCCGGAAUUAUGCACAAACGCAUCACUACAAUUUCUCAAAAACAGGGCCCUUUCGGCUCCGAUUUCUGCUGGAAAGUGUGAAGGACCUCCGGGAGACGUUGAAGAAGAAGGGCAGUAAUUUAGUGGUGCGAAAAGGCAAACCGGAAGAUGUGGUGCGUGAUUUGAUCGUCCAGCUGGGCUCUGUGGCUUCCGUCUCUUUUCAUGAAGAGGCUACAAAAGAAGAGCUUGAUGUGGAGAAGGCACUGAUCCAGGUUUGCACUGAGCAUGGAGUAAAGGUCCAGACCUUCUGGGGAUCGACUCUUUAUCACCAGCAAGACCUCCCUUUCAAGCACAUUUCCCAGUUGCCGGAUGUCUAUACACAGUUCCGCAGGGCUGUGGAGUCGCAGGCGAGAGUCCGGCCUGUUUUGAAGAUGGAGGCUCAGAUGAAGCCAUUGCCUUCGGAGAUCGAAGAAGGCAACAUCCCUUCCCUGGAAGAUUUUGGAAUGACAGAACCAGUCCGUGAUCCACGUUCUGCCUUUCUUUGCAGCGGAGGGGAGACACAGGCCUUAAUGAGAUUGCAGCACUAUUUCUGGGAAACGAAUCUAGUUGCGUCUUACAAGGAGACACGGAAUGGAUUAAUAGGACUGGAUUAUUCAACCAAGUUUGCACCAUGGUUGGCUCUGGGCUGCAUCUCACCACGGUAUAUUUAUGAGCAGAUCCAGAAAUAUGAAAAAGAGAGGACAGCAAACCAGAGUACCUACUGGGUGCUGUUUGAACUGGCAUGGAGGGAUUACUUCCGAUUUGUGGCCCUGAAAUAUGGCAGAAAGAUUUUCUUUCCCAGAGGACUUCAAGAUAAAGACAUUUCCUGGAAGAAAGACCCCAAACUCUUUGAUGCUUGGAAAGAAGGAAAAACUGGUGUCCCCUUUGUCGAUGCCAACAUGCGUGAACUGGCCAUGACGGGCUUCAUGUCAAACCGAGGGCGCCAGAAUGUGGCCAGCUUCUUGACCAAGGAUUUGGGGCUGGACUGGAGGAUGGGAGCCGAGUGGUUUGAAUCCUUAUUGGUGGAUUACGAUGUAUGCAGCAACUAUGGCAACUGGCUUUAUAGCGCUGGCAUUGGCAAUGACCCCAGAGAAAACAGGAAAUUUAACAUGAUUAAGCAAGCCUUGGAUUACGACGGCAAUGGAGACUAUGUCAGGCUCUGGGUUCCGGAACUACAGUGCAUCAAAGGAGGAGAUGUACACACUCCGUGGGCCUUGAGCAACGCGGCUCUUUCACAGGCUGGCGUCAGUCUUGCCAGCAGCUACCCUGUGCCCAUCAUCAUGGCUCCAGAAUGGGGAAGGCACAUCAACCGGAAGCCGAGCAACCAAGGUCCUGGUCCGAAGGGGAGAAAGGGCCCUUCGCACACGCCAAAGCAACACAAAAAUAGAGGAGUGGAUUUUUAUUUUUCUCGCAAGAAGGAUUUAUCCUGAAUGGGAUGGCUAUGGUGCAGUUGUGUUGGACCGAAGGAUCUUCGAAGGCUCCAAGUUGACAAACCAAGGAGUUCACUGUAUUCAAAUUUGGAUGAACAUUUAAAUUAAGAGCGGGAAUUGUAUGUUUCACGUGCUGUUUGCAUCCACUAAAGAUCUUUGUGCAAUCCUGUGAAGUCCUCUUAUGACACAAAAAUUACUUUUUUAAAAUCCCUACAAAAAUAAUUAUUCUGUGGCCUGCAGAUGGAGUAACACUCCAACACAACAUGGUUCAAUAUUACUUGCCUCUUGUUUUCACUUUGAAACCUAUUUUUUAAACUAAGGGUGCAUCUACUCACUGUCGAAUUGAUGCAGUCCGACAUAACUUUGAUUGCUAUAGUGGCUCGAUGCUAUGGAAUGAUGGGAGUUGUAGUUUUUUUUACAAGGCCUUCACUGCCAAAGAGUGCUGAUGCCUCACCAGACUACAAAUCCCUAGACUGGUCUAUGACCGUAUUUUUUUUUUCCGAAAGUAAAAUAGAAUCAUAGAAUCAAAGAGUUGGAAGAGACCUCAUGGGCCAUCCAGUCCAACCCCCUGCCAAGAAGCAGGAAUAUUGCAUUCA